AUCAUCGAGAAGAAGAAAGAAUCCUUGUUUCUCUCAUGGUAUGGCUCCAUUGCUCCUCCUCCUUCUCUUCGCCCUUGUGAUCCCAUCCUUGGCUGGUAAAUCUAGUGGAGUUUGUGUGUGUCCUGGUGGUCGCUUCCCUCCAUUUUCAUCUGAAGGGAAGGCCCCUGGAUUUGUCUCCAGAGGACCAAGAGAUCUGGCGCUUUGUAGGGUUUUCAGAAAGAGUACUUGUGAUUUAGCUCAGACUUACCCUGCUUUGUUGGCUAUGAGAAGGUUGGCUUCUGCUGGAGAAGCCAGUCAAGAGUGUUUCAGUUUGUGGGAAUUGUUGGAGUGCUCUAUAUGCCAUCCUCUUGUUGGUGUUCAGCCUGGGCCUCCUCUAAUUUGUGAAUCUUUUUGUGAUGGGAUUUUUCAGGCUUGUGCCAAUGCUUACUUCUCCAUUGAUGCAAAGACACAGGUAUUGUUUCCAUGUGGACCUAGUGAUGUCGUUUGUGGCAGGGCAAGCGAAUGGGUCUCAAAUGUGUGCCCUUCUGUUACGGAGAGAAAUCAAGCAUUGAAUCAGUUGCUGGUUCAUGGAGCACUCCUCGAUCUAGGUCCCUUUUUUAAGGGUGGGAACUCUAUGGUGCUUGAAGAUUUUCGGCAAUGGUUGGGCAAUACUGAAAAGGUUUCAUGGGCAAUUGGAGGGAUGGUUCUCACUGCAGGACUUCUCUUUGUAAGGGGCAUGCAAGCAAAAAAAACACGGCGUUUUCUUUUGGGUUAUAACCAUCCCAAAUUCGCGCUCAUCGAUCACUGCGAUCUUUCGCCAUUCUCCGGGGCAGCAAGCUUGAAGCAAACCUCUCCGUUCUCCUUCCUCGAUCUCCGACGUGUGCAUCCUUUUGUUGAUAUCCAGCUAAGGAAUCGUCUUCACCCUCUGAUCUUCUAAGCAAGUUGUUGGAAUAUGGGUUUUCUUCAUCAGCAGAGACACGGUCGUUUGCUGAAGAGAUAUUUGCUAAAGUUCCUCACAAACAAUCUGGUACGAGUGAUUACCAAAACCAGGAAAAAGAAGCAUCUUUGUUUGAAGCAAAGAAUUACAAAUUGUUGGACGCUGAAGGAGCUGGCUCAGUAACUGCCACCUCUGCAACUUCUCAGCCCGAGAAAAAAGAAUCCCAUGGAAAGCGUUUUAGGAGGAAAAAUGAAACCCAAGAUGAUGCAGAUGAUGGUGUUUUCCUUCAUAGCACUUUCCCUUUCAUAUGGUGACUACAUCCAAAGAUGUUGGGCGGCAAGUUCGAAGCCGUACUUCUGAGGUUGAUGAUGGCGAUGAUGACAGUGAGGCACUGUCUCGUGAGUAUAUGUUUUCAUCUCUUUUGGAUCAAAAGGAAGACGAGGCAUGAUGAAUGGGAUGUGGAGAAGGAGGGGGUGAAGUCUUUAAUAAUUAAAUGAGGGAAAGUGUCUGACCGGUGAUCGGAAGGGAUCAUCCGGUUCCCGGUUGAUCCUGUGGAGCAGUGACAUGGUUUUCCGGUUUUCGGUUUCCUGUUCCGGCGCUGGAGCAUUUUAAGAGUAAAUAUAUCCUAUAGAAAAGAAGAAAAGAAGAAGAAUAUAUAAAAACCUAAAGUGUGAAAAAAAAAUCCGGGUUUAUUUUCAAAAGUGGUAAAAGAUGUGAAAGUAAAGAAAUUGGAGGAUUUGCUUGUAAAAUUAAAAUAAUAAUAAUAGUAAUAAUAUGGAAAAGUUGAGCUUUAAAGGGUCUAGUUGAAUAAAUU